AUGGUUAAUAUCUUUGAUGAUCGUACAUCCUCGAUCUCGAGAUUGUUCCGUGAGGUGGAGGCGGAGCACCACCUUGUGCAGAACAAGUUAAACGAACGGCCAGAUAUCCCAGGAUUAACGCCGCGCGGAUUCGAGCGAUGGGCCACAUUGAUGAUCCGCGCUCACCCCAAGAAAGAAUAUGAGCGACUCAAAAAAGCCGUACUCAAUAUGCCUAUCAGCAACCCUGACAACAAGAAGGAACGGUUCCCUAAGGAGAUCCCACGGCGACUCUUCCCGGAAACGCCGGUCCUUCCCCUGCGAGAAGAGGUGGAUCAAUUCAUCAUCAAGCACUGCGGUGUCGAUCUGCCUCCGAUUACAGAUGAGGAAGUUAAACAAGCCGCUGCGCAUCGCCACAAACCUUCGACUAGCUCCUCCGCGUCAGGGACAGAAUCCGCCUCGGUUAGUGAGCGAGAGCGAAAGCCAAAACCAUACCAGGCGUCUGUUUCGGCUGUGGUAGAUGACGAUGAUGAAGACAAAGAGAUUCCACCCCAGCCAAUCGAACGACAACGGAAACCUUACACCGCACAGCCAGGAGGGGGGAAGAACUACGAAGAAAAGAAAACCUCCGGACACCGGCAUACCCAAUCAUUCUCUGGAGGCUCUAUUCCUAAGGAAAGUCUUGGAGGUCACGGACACAAGCAGUCAGAAGCAUACAGCCAAGAUCCACUCUAUUCGCGCGGUGCCUCACGUCCGUUUGGCGGGCGAUCCCGAAGUCCGUCCCGAGUAAACGCAAGUGACUACAGGCACUCCGAAAGUGACCUCCUGCAGAGCAACAGUGGUUUAUAUGGGACCUCUCCAGGUGGUUAUUAUGGAUCUGGUGCAGGCACCCUAACAGGAGAUAUUCUUGAGGACAACCGACGCCGACGCGAGCUUGAACGCGAAGACGAGGAUUUGCGGUUGUAUGAAUCCCUGCGAGAGCGCGAGAAGGAGCGUGAGAAGAGCAAAUAUAACGAUCAUUUCCCAGCUCGAUCUAGCUGGUCUAACGACGAGGAUUUCUAUCGCGGCAUGCUCGGUGGUCAAGGCGGUGGCCCAGUCGGCGGCAGCAGCGGAUAUGAUUACAAGUCGUACGGAUUCAAGUGA